AUGCUGUUUGGCGGCUUUGCAGAGGCGGCCGGCGGCAACAACUGUGAUCCCGGAAAGGAGUGGGUGGUUGAACUGGCGGGUGACGCGGUGCCUGCUAUGCGGGCGGUGUUCAACAUCAUGCAUGGCCAGUCGCGAGGAUUGAUGGCCGUAGAUGUUGAUUCCAACACAUUCAUCAGUAGGCUCUACGACAUCGUGGUCGUCGCCGACAAAUACGACUGCAUAUCGAGUCUGCGGCCCUACGCGGCGAGUUGGGUGCAAUCCCUCAAGGCCGAGAACAAGGAUGAGCAAGCAUUGCUGCGUCUGAGCUGGAUCUUCUACCAGCUCGGCCAUAAGUCCAAGUACGAGGAUGUUGUCACACGGCUUAUAAAGGACGUGGCCGAUACAAAGACGGGAAAUCCUGUCGCUGAUUUGGACUUGCCUGCCGUCCUACCUCCUCACCUUUUGGAGUCACUCCAUGCCGUCCGGGAAAGAAUGCUAAGGCAACUGCUCGAUCCAAUCUCCUUCAGCGUGACCGCACUCAUUACGGGAGAACGAACAACCUCAACAGGGUGCAGUCGAGAUGACAAGCUUGCUGCGCAAUGCGAGUCAUACAUGCUGGGUAAGGCAUUGCGCGAGCUUCACAAGAAAAAUCUCUAUCCGGUUCCCACGGCCAAGGACAUGACUUUGUCCUUGACGGCGCUGGAUGCCGUUAUCACAGAACUGGCCGCCGCGUGCAGUGGCCCUCGUUUUCUUGACUACCACGGCACAUGCAGGGCUUUCAAACCGCCAUUACGCACCUUUGGUGUUGAAUGGGGAUGUAGGAAUCUUAAAAGGACGACUUACGCAACGGAGUACAAGUACACGGUCGAUGUGUCCGAGUUGCGCCAUAUCACCACCCAGGCCGGCCGGACUGGCGUGGACAUUUUUGGGCCGGCCGAACUGCUCGCAUCACACAAGGCGCCGUUCUUUGGAGCAAGCUAA